CGUGGAGCCCACCGAAGCCGGCGACUACAAGCUCUGCUUCGACAACUCCUUCAGCACCAUCUCGGAGAAGCUGGUGUUCUUCGAGCUCAUCUUCGACAGCGCCCAGGAGGACGAGGAGGAGGCGGAGGAGGAGGAAGGCGACGGAGGUGGCAACGGGCAGGGGGGUGCCCCGGCCCCGGGAAGGUUCAAGGUCAGGUUGGACGCGGCUCUGAGCGACCCGAUCUCGGAAUCCAUCGAGACCAUGAAGAGCCGCCUGGAACGGAGCAUCCAGAUGCAAACGCUGCUUCGAGCCUUCGAGGCACGAGAUCGUAACCUGCAGGAGAGCAACCUGGGGCGGGUGAACUUCUGGUCGGCCGUGAACUUGGGCGUGCUGGUGGUGGUGGCUUUCCUCCAGGUCUACAUGCUGAAGAGCCUCUUCGAGGACAAGAGGACGGUGCGGACGUAG